AGGGGGAGUGUGUCCAUGAGAGAGGGUGUGUGUGAGAGAGAGAGUGGGAGAGUACUCCCAGGGCAGUCUGAUCGGUGUUUCGUUCUGCUUCUUCCAAUGUGGAAUACAGCCCUCACUGCUUUCCUGGAAACUGAACCAUCUCAGAAGAUUCUUAUUGGAGUAUAAAGACUUUUUGUGGCGGUUACAUCGUGCAGGUGCUGUUUCUGUUGACUUUCGUGGUAAAUUUAAACUGCUGAGUAUGGAGAUGAACGGUCGCGCCCUGCCGCCUUCAAUACCUGAGGAUGGCGAAGCCCCUGACCAUGUUUUUCAUGGAGAAAUAAAUGGCUACCACCAAAGGCUUCAGAGUGGUGAUGGGGGAGAGGCUGAGGUCCCCGUGUCCAAGUCCCAGAGACGGAAGAGUGACGUCAAAGUCUAUAAGGAGUUUUGUGAUUUCUAUGCUCGCUUCAACAUGGCCAAUGCACUGGCCAACGCCAUGUGUGAGCGCUGCAAGAGUGGCUUCGCCCCGGCAGAGAAGAUUGUGAACAGUAACGGAGAACUUUACCAUGAGCAGUGCUUUGUAUGCGCCCAGUGUUUCCAACAGUUCCCGGAGGGACUCUUCUACGAGUUUGAAGGCAGGAAGUACUGUGAACAUGACUUCCAGAUGCUGUUCGCUCCUUGCUGCCAUCAGUGUGGGGAGUUCAUUAUUGGCCGUGUGAUCAAGGCGAUGAACAACAGUUGGCAUCCGGACUGCUUCUGCUGUGAUAUCUGCCAGGCUGUGCUCGCAGAUGUUGGAUUUGUUAAAAAUGCUGGAAGGCACCUGUGCCGUCCGUGUCACAACAGAGAGAAAGCUCGAGGCCUCGGCAAGUACAUCUGUCAGAAGUGUCACGCCAUCAUUGAGGAGCAACCUCUGCUGUUCAAGAAUGACCCCUACCACCCUGAUCACUUCAACUGCAACAACUGCGGUAAGGAGCUGACUGCUGAUGCCAGGGAGCUGAAGGGGGAGCUCUACUGUCUACCCUGCCAUGACAAGAUGGGAGUCCCAAUAUGCGGGGCCUGUAGGAGACCCAUCGAGGGCCGUGUGGUCAAUGCCAUGGGCAAGCAGUGGCAUGUGGAGCAUUUUGUGUGUGCUAAGUGUGAGAAACCCUUCCUUGGACACCGUCACUACGAACGCAAGGGCCUGGCCUACUGCGAAACACACUACAACCAGCUCUUUGGGGAUGUUUGCUACCACUGCAAUCGUGUUAUUGAAGGAGAUGUGGUGUCUGCCCUCAACAAGGCGUGGUGUGUUAACUGUUUUGCCUGCUCAACCUGCAACACCAAGCUCACUCUCAAGGAAAAGUUUGUGGAGGUGGAUCUGAAACCGGUGUGUAAACACUGCUAUGAACGCCUCCCAGAUGACAUGAAACGCCGGCUGGCCAAGCGCGAAAGAGACUCAAAAGAGAAGAAGAAGAAAUUACUGAUACCCAUGAACAAGUUUGUGGAGUUUGACAUGAAGCCAGUUUGUAAGAAGUGUUACGAGAAGUUCCCUCUGGAACUGAAGAAGAGACUGAAGAAGCUGUCGGAGACUGUUGCUCGGAAGUAAACAGACAGUUGAGCAGCUGGUGGCAUUGAAAGACGGACGGGACCGUGAGGAGGCCCUGCACAUGCCCACAACUUAGAGUCAUUUUAGAUAGAAUAUGUGUGUUAUAUAUUACUAGUAUGUUUCAUUUAAGUCGAAUAUUUCAGCAGAACACAUUUGUGCUUUUAGUUACAGCAGUCAGGCUUUGAGCUUUAAUUUCAAAAACCCAAAACUGGCAGACGGCUCGACAGUCGAGAUUGUCGAUCAGUCAGUCAGUAGGUUUAGCUUUAACCUCUUCAAUGCCUUUUGGCUCAAAGACUACACUGUAUAUUUUUUUCAUUCGCUUGCCUAGUUCACUCCUUUAUUUUAAACAAAACACAUGGCGAUGGUCCUAUAUUUAUUAUAUGAGCGUUAUGAGAAAACGUAGAAACGUGGGAAGGCAUAUUGACUUGUGCUGACAGAUUGUUCAGCUGUCUGCCAGCUUGUCUUAUGAUGCCAAAAAAUCUUUUUCUUUGUUUGACUGAUGUUACUGCUACAUUUCUAUAAUAAAUGAGUAAACCAAAGACAGCUGAAAAAAAAUACUGUUGUACUGAAUGUGUAUAUAAUCUUUCAUGUUUCUCCUUUUCUUCCCACAUGUAUAAUUAUAUGUAUUCUUGUGUAUUUUCUUUAAUAUUAUGCAAAAUAAGUUAGCUUAGGUCAAGUUUCCUCUUACAUCCACAGUAUAAUGCUAUCAUAUUACAUGCAACAAUAAAGGACACAGUUGGCCAUAUAGUGUGUUAAAUUACCUUGUUACAGUAUGUGCUGUGCAUUUGUAUAACAAGCAAAACAUUUUUUUUAGAUUCACAUGCACAGUCUAAAAUACCCCAAUAUAGCCCUGAAAUAAACCCCACAUUUUUUAUUUCUCCUAUUUGGAGUAAAUACAUGUGGGUGCCAGAAUAACAGAAACCUUUCAAGGUGUGUACUGCAGCACAAUUCAACGUUGUAACUGCAGUUUAAAUUCUGCUGUGCCAAAACAACUCCCCUGACAUGCUGUCAACACAUACUGAACAUAAUAAGCUUCUGAGUGACAUUAUUUAUUGCACGGCAACUGGUAGCUAUGUGUGUGUGUGUGUUACAACACGGUGGCUUUGUGCGGAGACCGGAUGUGGGAGUAAUGCUAGAUGUUAGAACAUUUGCCUCUGUUGUUUGUAAUCCAGAGAAAGUGAUCCUCUUAGGGAGGUGUACCGACUUCCUUAGGGCUCAGACCCACUUUGGAAAGAAAGCCAACUGCUCCCAUUCUCAAAAUGCUUCACUUGAGCAGUAUUUUAUCAUAGAAAACAUAUCUUUUAUUAUGUAGAAGCUCAACAGAAAAACACAUUCCACAAAUGUUUAAAUUGCAAAGCCAAUGUUGCUGUUGUGCAUUUUACUAUCGAUGCCAUAGUGCUGCUCAUGUCAUGUAGAAGUAAAAUUAGCCACAGAAUUACAAAUAGUCCAGUACAUGGUUUCAUUUGAUGUCUGACUACCUGGGUGACUGAUGUGACUGCACAGAUAUUGUAUUUUUCCUUUGCAGUGUUUGUGAAAAGAUUCAGUCAUGCUAACACACCAAUGUGCAUAUUCUGGACUUGAACUGAAAUGUAUUUGUCAUUAUAUCUAAGAUUAAUCUGUCAACCCAUCUGAAUAAACACCUGUGUCAAUACCA